CGUCACGACGCACGGCGAUGCCACGCCUCCUCCGCGCGCCCCCUCCCGAGCUGUCAUCAUUUCACCGGGAGAAGGCGAAGGGCAUCCGGGAUAACGGCCGAAAGGGGAGCCACCGCAACGCGUUUCUCGAGUGGACAAACGGACCAGUGGACGCUUCAUUCAUCCCUCUCAGUCUUGGGCCUAAACCCCGGUGGAGCGACUCUUCCCCCCCCCUGUGGUUCUGAGGUUGAGGACGUGCGGCCCAUCGGCCAACGACGCCACCGCCGCGUGACGCUUUUAAGGACUUCCGAUGCAUCGCUUAAGGACUUGUGCGGCGCGGUUGCGUCCGCUCACCGCCUCGCAGGGGGCUCAGACUGUUGGCCCCCAGCGGCCAAUGACAGCCGCCUUCACGGGGGGCGCCAGGACGUUUCAGCCAAUCAGGUGCUACAUUGCGCCCGUGGCCUCGGAGCCGUUCCUCAACGGGACAAGCUCCAACUACGUGGAGGAGAUGUACUUCGCCUGGCUGGAGGACCCCAAGAGCGUUCACAAGUCGUGGGACGUGUUCUUCAGGAACGCUAACGCCGGUGCUCCUCCAGGAGCAGCCUACCAGUCUCCUCUGGGUCUGUCUGCUGCUCCUCAGCUCUCCUCUCUGGUUGGAGCUCAGCCCAACACGGAGAAGCUGGUGGAGGACCACCUGGCGGUGCAGUCGCUCAUCAGGGCCUACCAGAUCCGGGGGCACCACGUGGCACAGUUGGACCCCCUCGGCAUCAUGGACGCCGAUCUGGACUCGUGUGUCCCCACUGACAUAAUCACGUCCUCCGACAAGCUGGACGUGGCCGUGUUCAAGGAGAGGCUGAGAAUCCUCACGGUAGGAGGCUUCUACGGUCUGGAUGAGUCAGACCUGGACAAGGAGUUCCGGCUGCCCACCACCACCUUCAUCGGAGGCUCGGAGAGCGCUCUGCCGCUGAAGGAGAUCAUCCGGCGACUGGAGAUGGCGUACUGUCAGCACAUCGGUGUGGAGUUCAUGUUCAUCAAUGACUUGGACCAGUGCCAGUGGAUCAGACAGAAGUUUGAGACUCCAGGAGUCAUGCAGUUCACCCUGGAGGAGAAGAGGACUCUGCUGGCCCGCAUGGUCCGCUCCACCAGGUUUGAGGAGUUCCUGCAGAAGAAGUGGUCUGCAGAGAAGCGCUUCGGUCUGGAGGGCUGCGAGUCUCUGAUUCCGGCUCUGAAAACCAUCAUCGAUAAAUCCUCUGAGAACGGGGUGGAGAACGUCAUCAUGGGCAUGCCUCACAGAGGUCGUCUGAAUGUUUUGGCCAACGUGAUCCGUAAAGAGCUGGAGCAGAUCUUCUGUCAGUUUGACUCCAAGCUGGAAGCAGCUGAUGAGGGCUCCGGAGACGUGAAGUACCAUCUGGGGAUGUACCAUCGUCGCAUCAACCGCGUGACGGACAGGAACAUCACGUUGUCCCUGAUGGCCAACCCGUCCCACCUGGAGGCCGUGGACCCGGUGGUGCAGGGCAAGACCAAAGCGGAGCAGUUCUACUGCGGGGACAACGAGGGCAAGAGGGUGAUGUCCAUCCUGAUCCACGGAGACGCGGCGUUCGCCGGUCAGGGGAUCGUCUACGAGACCUUCCACCUGUCCGACCUGCCGUCCUACACCACGCACGGCACCGUGCACGUCGUCGCCAACAACCAGAUCGGCUUCACCACAGACCCCCGCAUGGCGCGCUCCUCGCCGUACCCGACCGACGUGGCGCGCGUGGUGAACGCGCCGAUCUUCCACGUGAACGCGGACGACCCCGAGGCCGUGAUCUACGUGUGCAAGGUGGCGGCCGAGUGGAGGGCCACGUUCCACAAGGACGUGGUGGUCGACCUGGUGUGUUACAGGCGGAUGGGGCACAACGAGAUGGACGAGCCGAUGUUCACUCAGCCUUUGAUGUACAAGCAGAUCAAGAAGCAGAAGCCGGUUCUGCAGAAAUAUGCAGAGAAGCUGAUCGCAGAGGGAGCCGUGAGCCGGCAGGAGUACGAGGAGGAAAUUGCCAAAUACGAUAAGAUCUGUGAGGAGGCGUACAACCGCUCCAAAGACGAGAAGAUCCUCCACAUCAAGCACUGGCUGGACUCCCCCUGGCCUGGUUUCUUCACUCUGGACGGACAACCGAAGUCCAUGAGCUGCCCCUCCACCGGUCUGACGGAGGAAAACCUGAACCACAUCGGAGGCGUGGCCUCGUCCGUCCCCGUGGAGGACUUCACCAUCCACGGAGGUCUGAGUCGGGUCCUGAAGAGCCGAGGCGAGAUGGUGCGUCAGCGCACCGUGGACUGGGCCUUGGGGGAGUACAUGGCCUUCGGCUCGCUGCUGCAGGAGGGGGUCCACAUCAGACUGUCGGGGCAGGACGUGGAGCGAGGCACCUUCAGCCACCGUCACCACGUCCUCCACGACCAGAACGUGGACAAGAGGAUCUGCAUCCCCAUGAACCACAUCGCCCCAGACCAGGCGCCCUACACCGUGUGCAACAGCUCGCUGUCCGAGUACGGAGUCCUGGGCUUCGAGCUGGGCUUCGCCAUGGCCAGCCCCAACGCUCUCAUCCUGUGGGAAGCUCAGUUCGGGGACUUCCACAACACGGCUCAGUGCAUCAUAGACCAGUUCAUCUGCCCCGGGCAGGCCAAGUGGGUCCGGCAGAACGGCAUCGUGCUGCUGCUGCCCCACGGCAUGGAGGGCAUGGGUCCAGAACAUUCUUCAGCCCGUCCAGAGAGGUUCCUCCAGAUGUGCAACGACGACCCCGACGUCAUGCCGAGCCUCACCGAGGACUUCGCUGUGCAGCAGCUCUACGACUGCAACUGGAUCGUUGUCAACUGCUCGUCUCCUGGGAACUACUUUCACGUCCUGAGACGGCAGAUCCUGCUGCCCUACAGGAAGCCUCUGAUUGUCUUCACUCCCAAAUCUCUGCUGCGCCACCCGGAGGCCAGAUCCAGCUUUGAUGAGAUGUUACCUGGAACUCACUUCCAGAGGCUGAUCCCAGAAGGGGGCGUGGCCUCGGAGCACCCUGAGCAGGUGAGGCGCCUGGUCUUCUGCACGGGGAAGGUCUACUACGAGCUGACCAAGGAGAGGAAGAGCCGGGGCAUGGAGGCCACGGUGGCCAUCGCCCGCAUCGAGCAGCUGUCCCCGUUCCCCUUCGACCAGGUGAAGGCCGAGUCGGAACGCUUCUCCAACGCCGACCUGGUCUGGUGCCAGGAGGAGCACAAGAACCAGGGUUACUAUGACUACGUGAAGCCUCGCAUCAGGACCACCAUCGAGAGGGCCAAGCCCGUCUGGUACGCGGGCCGAGGGCCGGCAGCCGCUCCGGCCACGGGGAACAAGAAGGCUCACCUGAUGGAGCUGCAGCGUUUCCUUGACAACGCCUUUGGCCUGGACGCGUUCAAGGACCAGCAGUGACCUCUGACCCCUGAGCACCUGGAACACCCCCUCCCCCCCCCCCUUCAGACUGCAUCUACACACAGAGUACUGAAUACUACAUAGUACACACUGUUCAUCCCAACUACAAGUAGUACUACAUGAGUACUAACUGCUCUUGUAGUACUACUUGUAGUACUGUUCAGAACUCAUUAGAUACAAUCAUCUAAAUGUUUCUAUCAAUAAAUCUGUUUUCACCUGAUUAUUGAUUAUUGAUUAGAUUGCUGAAAUAAAACCAAAUAUUGAGUACUUUAUGGUAUCAGUAUGUAGUACUACUUCCAGUACAUCAGUGUACUCCUUAAUAUAUGCAUACUCAUGUAUUAGAUGCGUUGGUAGUCUGGAGUACACUGUGUACUACUGUGUACUGUGUUCAGUAGUACAUACAUAAAUACUACUAGAAUACUGUGAUACUUGGAGUAAAAUACACAGAAUUCUUUCAGAGUACUCUCAGAUACUCAGAUUACAAAUACUCCGAUACUUUUCUUUUAUAUUCUUGUUUUUAAACUUGUGGAUUUAAGGUUGUUCAACGAGUUGCCAGGUUGCUGAGUCUGGCAACAUGAGACACACACACACACACACACACACACACACACUCCAGCUGUAUUGUGUACCAGAGGUGUUGCAUCAUCAUCUUCAUCAUCCUCCUCUUCUUCACCUGAAACGUUCCAGGAAACAUUUUCCCUUUUAGUUUUUCAUAUAAAGGCUCGUUAGCAUUGUUAGCUUCCUUUAGCGCGCCCAUUGUAAACCAAUGGGCGGGCGGCUAGCAGGAACCAGCAGGUGGAGGAGGCGGUUGUUGUUGUUGUUUUUCAGCAGGUGUGUUGGCUCGUUAACGGAAAGGUCUGCAAUCAAUUAGUCACCACGGCAACGCUUAACUCGCACAUUGAGAUUUUAUUUUUUUCUUUACGUUUUGGGGAUUUAAAAUGGCGAUCUGCAUUCAUGGUGAUGAUUUAACCCCUCGGCUUCUGUCUCCUUCUCCUCCUCCUCUCCCUCCUCCUUCUCUCCCUUCCUCUCUGUCCUCCUCCUCCUCUCCCUCCCCCUCUUCUUCUCCUCCUCCUCUCCCUCCUUCUCUCCGUCCUCCUCCUCCUCUCCCUCCCCCUUCUUCUCCUCCUCUUCCUCUCCCUCCUUCUCCUCCUCCUUCUCUCCCUUUCUCUCCUCUUCUCCUCCUCUCCCUCCCCCUCUUCUUCUCCUCCUCUCCCUUCCUCUCCUCCUCCUCCUUUCCCUUCUCCUCCUCUCCCUCCCCCUCUUCUUCUCCUCCUUCUCUCCCUUCCUCUCCUCCUCCUUUCCCUUCUCCUCCUCUCCCUCCCCCUCUUCUCCUCCUCCUCCUCUCCCUUUCUCUCCUCUUCUUCUCCUCACCCUUCCUCUCCUCCUCCUCCUUUCCCUUCUCCUCCUCUCCCUCCCCCUCUUCUUCUCCUCCUCCUCUCCCUCCUCCUCCCUCCCCCUCUUCUCCUCCUCCUCUCCCCCCCUCUUCUUCUCCUCCUCCUCCUCCCUCCCCCUCUUCUCCUCCUUCUCCUCCUCCUCUUCUCUCUCGCGAGCGUUCAUCUCGUGCCACAACGCAGCGUCUCAUGUUCUGUUUUCAUCUGAAUGAACUCUUGUCAACAGGAAGUGAACUCUUUGUCAACAGGAAGUGAACUCUUGUCAACAGGAAGUGAACUCUGUUUGUAAACACAAAUAAAGCAGCAGAAGAAGAACUGCAGGUUGUUUCUUCUGAGACAAAGAAAAUGAUUUAUUUAUUUUCAUAAAGAGGAUUAAACUUCUCUUCAUUGUUUUGCUUCAUUCAAUAAAGAAAACUACAGAAGUC